AGUAGUCAUAAAUAACAAUAUAAAAAAAAAAAAGAUGGUCCUUAGGGUUUCCUCCUUCUCCUCCGCUUCCUUACACGGAUGCGCCUCUCUAUAUAUAUCUUCUUCAAUCGCAUGCACAGGAAUUUGUUAAAAAGAUUUAGUUCUUUCCUUUCCUUUCUCAACAAGUGAUUAAUGAAUGAAGUGUUUGUUUUGAAACCUUUUUUAAAAAAAGGAAAGAUCUGAUUAAACUGUUUCAGUUUCUAUCACUGAAAUCGAAAAAUAGUUUAUAAAACUUGAUUUGAAGCGAAAAAAGUAUUUUAGAUCUGAGAUUUUUUAUUGAUAUGAAGCGAUCGAGCAAAUCGAACAGGGUUUCGUGGGCACCUGGUCUUAAUCUUUGUCAGGAGAGGCUGUUUGUAUCUGAGGAUUGUCCUUUAAAAGUUGGCGGACAAGUCCAAGAUCAUCUUCAGAAAAAGGCAUCGUUGCUUUUGCUCCACUCGAGUGGUAAAGAACCAAAUGAUUUCCCCCCGGGUUUUGAAGGCAGUCACUUCUUGAAUCCAUGUAAAAAUGAUUCGUCCUGCUUUCCUAGGAUUCAAUGGAAGUGUCCUCCCAAAUUUGUUUUAAGUUCCAGCUGGCAUGUGACAGCUGGAGAAGAAAGCCAGGAAUCACAGGCCCAAAAACUGAGGGAAAUGGGAGCUCUUGAAGCAUUUUAUCCACGCCCUUCUGCUGUUCCUCCCAGCCCUGUUGUUUCUUUGGACGUAGAAGAUACAGAUUAUGAUGAUAGCCUCACUCCAGUCAUCCCUCUCAUUCCUGUUGAAGAGGACGAAGCCAAAGAAUUGCCAUCUGAUUUGACAGAACCACUGAAAACUUCCCAGUCACCAGCAUUGCCUCCGUUUUUAUUGUCAUCUGGAACCCUGAACUCUUCAAAAUGCAUCACCCCUGCUUCAAAUCCACUCUUAAGUGAAAAAACAGCAUUUGGAAAACCACCUAAUUCACCUAAUCCAGGUACUAAUUUAAUCGCAGCAGCUUCUGCUGCUGUUACUGCUAUCAUGAAAAACAAGGGGCAUGGAAGCUUAAUCGAUACUGGUUUGCUUGUUAAAAUCUUAAGUGACCCGAAAAUGAUCGAGGAACUUGCCGGUGGCAAUCAAGCACUUCCUGUGACAUCCAGGCCAGUUACUAGUUCAAUGUCCCCAUCAUGUGAGAAACCUGAUGUAGUUCCAGUACAAUUUACAGCUAAUGGAAAUUUGCAACCCCUACCUAGUGAGGAGCAGCCAUGGUCCAAGCCAACAUGUCAGAUUCCCAUAUCCUGUCCGAAACCUGCUAUGCCGUUGCCAUCAAUGCCAUCUGACGGAAGCUUGUAUCUUCAACCUAAUCAGAUGCACCCGACAUUAAGUAGAGCGUCUAUGCAUCAGGAUACUGCUCCAGCAAGGGGGUUUGGAGUAUUUUCUUCCAUUCCUGUGCCCAUUCCAGUGCCUAAUUCAAUGCUAACAACGGUAAGCACAGUGCCUAGAGAAUCAAUUGCAACCCAAAUAUCUUUCAAAGACACCGGUGCCAACCAAAUGUCUAAUUUGGUGCAAUCCGCUCUGGUAAUGAAGCCUGUCCAACCAAACAGUGUUCCUCACGCAGGUAUGAAAACUAACCCUGUGAAGGAUGUGGAGUACAUUAAGAACCUUAUAAGGGAACAUGGAACAGUGAAGAAAGAAAUCCAGGACCAAAGCAUGCCCCAUAAUGGAAGGCAUUACAAUCAAACUCAGAACCAAGAAUUGAUACAAAACAUAAAAAAGAGGGAAUCGAAACACAAGUCUCAGAAGCCUUGCAUGUACUUUAAAACUCCCAAGGGAUGCCGAAAUGGCUUCGAUUGCCCUUUCCAGCACGACCCAUCUUUCCAGUUUCAAACUGGUAGUGCUUUGGAUGCCCCAGUUGCAAAGAGAAUGAAAUUUAGCGGGGAAAUCGUUGGGAGGACCUGACGUUUUGUUGUUACUCACACGACCAGAACUGUGAAUACGAGGUACUUAAACCUGUAAAUUAAUUUUGACUAGUCUUUCUGUAGAUUUUGUGCAGGGUUAAGGCAUCAAUAUGUUGGAAACAGUUUUGUCAAAAAAGAAAAGAAAAGAAAAGAAAAUGAGAUGAUGGCCUAAUGAUUUUUUAAAUGAAAUACGCCUUUUCAAUUUGGAGGCGGUUUUGUC